AUGCUUGAGUUGGUCAAUAUACCAAGAGACUUCAGAUCUCUUGCCUCCUACUGUUGCUUACUGGUGCUUUUCUGGUGGCUUGCGAUUAUCAUUUACAGGCUUACUCUACACCCUCUCGCGAAAUUUCCAGGGCCCAAGGUAAAUGCAGUAUCAUCAGUCCCCGGGAUAAUAUCACUCCUCAAAGGCAGAUUGCCGUUAGAUAACAAGCUGUUGCACGAUAAAUAUGGACCGGUCGUCCGUGUAAGCCCUAAUGAGCUUGCCUUCAAUUCUGCCCAGGCUUGGGAAGACAUUUAUGGGCAUCGUCAGGGUCAUACAAACAUGCACAAAUCUCCCGUUCAUGUUGGCUCAGUCGACAACCUUCCUGGAGUCACCACUUUGACAAUGGCCGACGAUGACAACCAUGCACGGCAACGUCGUGCUCUGUCUCACGCAUUUUCCUUGAAAGCGCUGACAGAGCAGGAAGAUAUUAUUCAGCAUUUCGUCAACAAACUCGUCACCAAUGUUCGAGCGAUGGCCCAGCAGGGCGUGGAGUUCAAUCUGGUUGACUGGCUCAACUUUACGACCUUCGACAUUAUCGGUGACCUUGCUUUCGGGGAGCCAUUUGGAUGUCUCGAUUCAGGAAAAUUUCACUUCUUGGUGCAAGCGAUCUUUGAAAACAUCAAGGCAGGAGCAAUAGAACAUGCAACGCGACGAUUCGCUACGCCCGGAUCAACGUUCCAAUUGUUCUUGAUGUCAAUGCUUCCGAGCAAGUUCAAACAGUUUCGUCGCAACCAUCUCGACUUCAGCCGGGAAAAAGCAUUGAAGCGUUUGGAAAACGAGAACCUCGAGCACAGAGACUUUAUUUGGUACAUACUGAAACAGAGAGAGAAGUACGAUCUGAAGCUUGACGAAAUCAUUGUGAACUCUGGGCUGUUUAUUGUGGCCGGAAGUGAGACGACAGCCAAUUUACUCUCAGGGUUGUUUGCCAGGCUCUUCUGGAAUCCUGAUAAAUACCGCAUCCUGCGGGACGAGAUACGAACAUCUUUCAAAUCCGAAGGUGAAAUCGUAUACGAUAACUUGAUCAAGCUACCCUACCUGAACGCUGUGAUUGAGGAAGCCCUCAGGGUGCAUCCACCCGUGCCAACCGGUCUGCUGAGGACGGUCCCGAAAGGCGGCGAUACCAUAGACGGCUAUUGGGUCCCCGAAGGCACUCAUGUCGCAGUUGGCGGUUGGGCAGCCUCCCAUAAUCCUCUGAAUUUCAAGGACCCAGACCUUUUCGUCCCUGAACGCUGGCUUCAUGACAGACAAUACUCGACUGAUAACAAGAAGGGAAUGGCCCCGUUCUCUCUAGGCCCACGGGGUUGUAUCGGAAAGCAUUUGUCAUACCUGGAAAUGAGAGUCAUUUUGGGACGUCUUCUCUGGAAUUUUGACAUUAUCAGUGCUGAUAAUGCAGCUAUGUGGGAUCCAUCCCGAGAAAUGCACAAGAUGCGCGCAUACAUGACAUGGCAAAAGCCAGAUCUAAAGUGCAAAGCAGUUGAUGUCAGAUCGAAAUGA